UUAUUUGUAUUUGUAUUUGUGAUUCAAAACUCCUAAUAAUCAAAAUAACAAUGGAAGAAGAAAUAAAGGUGCUAGGAUUUUGGCCAAGCCCAUAUAGUCUGAGAGUGAUAUGGGCACUGAAACUAAAGGGAAUUGAGUAUGAUUACAUAGAAGAAGAUAUUUUCAACAAGAGUGAAUUGCUUAUUCAAUACAACCCAACUCACAAGAAGAUUCCUGUGCUUGUUCAUGGCGGCAAACCCAUUUCUGAGUCUCUGGUCAUCCUUGAGUACAUCGAAGAAACUUGGCCCCAAACUCCUCUCUUGCCCAAGGACCCUUAUCAAAGAGCUUUGGCUCGCUUUUGGACACAGUUUGCAGAUGAAAAGCGCCCCAUUUUUAGUGCGUUCUUUAUAAGCCCUAGUGGUGGAGAGAAGGGAGAAAAGGCAGCAAAAGAAGUAUCAGAAGUGCUUAAAAUCUUGGAAGAAAGGCUUGGAAAUGACAAGUUCUUUGGGGGAGAGACUAUAAACAUGGUGGACAUAGCACAUGGAUGGCUAGCUUAUUGGUUUGAAUGUGUAGAAAAAGCUGUGGGGCUCAAACUCUUGGACCCCAACACUUUGCCUAGGCUUCAUACUUGGGUUCAAGAUUUCAAGCAACUUCCCAUUAUCAAGGACACCUUUCCUGAUCAUAAUAGACUAUUAGUCUAUGUGAAAUCAAUUAGGGAAAGGUUCUUGGUCUCAACCGAGUGAGUAAAAUUUUCACAUUUUCAUAUUUCAGCUUUGAUCAAUAUGUGUAUGUUGUUUGAGAAUAAGAAAGUUAAAAGAUUGAUUGGUGGUUUUAAUAAGGGUGGCAAUGGUUCUGUUUAUUUUAAGUUCUCCUGUUGUUGUUUAGUUCAUGUGACUCUUGUGGUUGUUGUUUUCUAUGGUUCGGCUGUGAAUCUAGUUUGUUUGUUAUAUUUUCUCAACUUUGUAUCUUUCUUUUUAAAUAAUGAACUGUGAUCCCUGCUUUAUAUGGCUAUUCUAUUAGCCAUCUAAGAAUUAAGCUUCACCAGCUAAGUUUUAUGAAUAA